AGGGCUGGGAAGAUGGCGGCGGCGGCGGCGGCGGCGGCGGGGAGAUCCUGGGGCAGCCGGGGGAUGGAGGCCGCCGCGGGGAGUUGCCGGGCCCCGCUCCCGGCCUGGUGGGGGCUGCUUCUCGCUUUGCUGCUAGCGGGCUGCUGCCAGGGGAACUCUGUGGAGAGGAAGAUCUACAUCCCCCUCAACAAAACGGCGCCGUGCGUUCGCCUCCUGAAUGCCACCCACCAGAUCGGCUGCCAGUCCUCCAUCAGCGGAGACACGGGGGUCAUCCAUGUGGUGGAGAAAGAGGAGGACCUGAACUGGGUGCUUACAGACGGCCCCCACCCACCCUACAUGAUUCUGCUGGAUGGGAGCCUCUUCAACAGGAAGGUGAUGCUGCAGCUGAAGGGAACCUCCCGAGUGUCAGGCCUCGCGGUGGCUGUUGCCAAACCCAGUCCCCCCCAGGGAUUCUCUCCUGGUUUGAAGUGCCCCAACGAUGGCUUUGGUGUUUAUUCCAAAGAUUACGGCCCUCAGUUCGCACACUGCAAUAAGACCGUGUGGAACCCUGUGGGGAGCGGGCUUUCCUAUGAGGAUUUUGACUUCCCUAUUUUUCUUCUGGAAGAUGCCAACGAGACUCAAGUCAUUAAGCAGUGUUAUCAAGACCAUAAUGUCCCUCGGGAGGGGUCUGUCCCCGAGUACCCCCUCUGUGCCAUGCAGCUGUUCUCCCACAUGCACGCCGUCACCAGCACCGUCACCUGCAUGAGGCGCAGCUCCCUCCAAAGCACCUUCAGCAUUAACCCUGAGGUUGUGUGUGACCCUCUUCUGGAUUACAACGUCUGGAGCACUUUGCAACCCAUCAAUUCCUCCGGCAAAGUGGAUCCUGAGAAGGAAGUUAUUAUCGUUGCUACACGAAUUGACAGCCAUUCCUUCUUCUGGAACAUCGCGCCUGGGGCGGAGAGCGCCGUCACCUCUUUUGUCACCCACUUGGCCGCCGCCGAAGCCCUUCAUAAAGCCUCAGAUGUUCAUUUGCUGCAAAGGAAUAUCAUGUUCACCUUCUUCCAAGGGGAGACCUUUGAUUACAUCGGCAGCUCGCGCAUGGUCUACGACAUGGAAAAAGACAAGUUUCCUCUCCGUUUGGACAACAUUUAUUCAUUUGUGGAGUUGAAUCAGGUGGCUCUGAGGAAUGACUCCGUUCUCUGGAUGCACACGGACCCCGUCUCUCGGAUGAAUACAUCUGUUGAAGCUCGGGUUAGAAACUUGCUGGAUAUCCUGAGUAACAGCAGCGUGGGAGCAAAUGUGACUCUGCAGGAAGUUGGAUAUUCACAGCCUCUUCCCCCAUCUUCCUUCCAGCGCUUCCUUCGGGCUCGGCACAUCCCUGGAGUGGUCCUGACUGACCACAGAACUGCCUUCCAAAACAGAUACUACCAGAGCAUGUACGACACCCCGGAGAACGUCCGGAUGCAAUACCCCGAGGGCCUCAGCCCCGAGGAGAUGUUGGACUAUGUCACAGACACAGCCAAGUCCUUGGCAGAAGUCUCCACAGUGGUCGCCCGUGCUCUCUACCGGCUCGCGGGGGGAGCCAACGACACCUCUGCUAUUCAGGCAGAUCCAAAAACGGUCUCUCGGAUGCUGUAUGGGUUUCUGAUUAAAAUGAACAAUUCCUGGUUCCAGUCCAUCGUUAAACCAGACGUAAAAGGAAUUCUGGGUGAUGAUGUUCCCCAACAUUACGUUGCUGUUUCCAGCCCUGUCAACACCACUUAUCUUGUCCAGUAUGUCCUGGCCAACCUGACGGGCACCGUCGUCAACCUCACCAAGGAAGAGUGUCUGAACCCUGAAAAAACACCCAGCAGCGAGAGAGAAAUGUAUGACUAUGCCUGGGUGCAGGGUUCUCUGGACCCCAACUCAACCUCCCGGGUCCCCUACUGCGUCCGGUCAACCGUUCACCUGACCAAAGCCCUGUCUCCUGCCUUCGAGCUGCGGCAGUGGGGAUCCACGGAGUACUCCACGUGGACGGAGAGUCGGUGGAAAGAGAUCCGUGCCCGAAUCUUUCUAGUAGCCAGCAAGGAGCUAGAGAUCAUCACCUUGGUGGUGGGCAUUGUCAUCCUCGUGGUCUCUCUCCUCACCACCUAUUUUAUCAACGCCAAAGCCGACAUACUCUUUAGCCUCCCGCGGGACCCCGGGGCCGUGGCUUAUUGAAGAUGGAGAAGCUUUAGCCCUUUGGAUUACAGUUGUCAAAGAU